GUUUGAAAUAAAAAAAAAUUAAAAAAGGGCCAGCGUAUCCUUCUCUAGCUAGCCACUGCUUCACAGACCCGAUUCCUCCAUUCUAAAACUUCCAAAUUUUUUUGUUUUCUCCUGCAACCCUAAGUUCCCAACUCAAUCCCCCCCUCCCUCAAACCCUCAACUCCAUCUCCUCCCUUGCUGCCCCCAGUGGGGUGCCUCUGUGCUGCCGUCGUCGUCGCCGUGUGGUGGUACCGUCAGCUACUCUCUUUGUUUUUGCUCAUUGUUAUUGUGAAAUUUCACAAUUCAAGUCAAUGUGGUAUGCUGUCUCUGCCCCAAACUGUUGCAUAUCAUAUCCAAGAAGACCUUGUAGCCCUCGUUUUCUGAGAAAGUGUUCAGUUCCAACUAGUUUUCGUGUGCAAGCUUCCUUGCCGGAGAAUGGCAAUGGUGCUAAAGUGGAGUACACUCCUUGGCUGAUUGUUGGAUUGGGUAACCCUGGCAAUAAGUACCAUGGCACUAGGCACAAUAUUGGUUUUGAGAUGAUUGACAGUAUUGCUAAAACGCAAGGCAUUGUGAUGAAUACCAUUCAGUCAAAGGCCUUGGUUGGAAUAGGUUCCAUUGGAGAGGUACCGAUUUUGUUGGCGAAGCCUCAAGCCUACAUGAAUUACAGUGGGGAAUCGGUUGGACCACUUGCGGCAUAUUAUCAAGUACCCCUACGUCAUAUUUUACUGGUUUAUGAUGAGAUGAGCUUACCAAAUGGUGUUCUGAGGAUUCAGCCAAAAGGAGGACAUGGAUAUCACAAUGGUGUGAAGAGUAUAAUGGGCCAUCUGGAUGGUUGCCGUGAAUUUCCUCGGUUGUGUAUAGGUAUUGGAAAUCCGCCUGGAACUAUGGACAUGAAAGCCUAUCUUCUACAGAGGUUCAGUACAGUAGAGAGACAUCAGAUUGAUGCAGCAGUAGAUCAAGGGGUUGAGGCUGUAAGGGCCUUGGUGCUGAAUGGAUUUGACCAGAGUAUCACUAGUUUUAAUUUGAGGCAGAAAUACAAAUAUCACAAAGUGUAAUUUGGACAAAGGAGUAAGUUGCUCAUAGAGCAUUUCUGAUGUAUCAAUUGUCUCUCUUGCUUUGUACUAGUCUUCCUUUUGAAGGAAGCUACUAUUACCAAAAACAAAGCUGAUUUAUACAAGCUGGAUAUCUUGAUCUCUA